GGUUUCAUUUUUCUGUGAUUCCCUUAGGAAAACUCCGCAGACGGCAGUUUUACUCUCAGCCUCUGGAGAAUGGCCGGGUCCUCUUGCAGGGCUCCACCUUCACCUACCAGGACAUCCUGGACCAGUUGCUGGUCUACACACCUGAAACAGUCAGCGGGGGUGCAGAUGAAAUGGGUUUCACCCUCACCGAUGGCAUCUAUAUACAAACGGGCCGCCUGGAGUUCACCAUGGACGUCAGGAGGAGCGAAGGACCCCACAUGACCGUCAACAGAGGCCUGCAGCUCCCGGCAGGAUCCUCGAUUAAGAUCACAGAGCAGAAUCUGAAAGGUACUGACAUCGACUCAGACAGCCUGAAGCUCCGCUACGUCCUGACAAAAGACCCUCCGGCCGGCAAACUGCAGCUCAGCCAGAGCGGAGAUGUGGAAAAGAUUUCUGUCAAAGGUCCCGUACAGAGCUUCACUCAGGAGGACGUCAACAAAGGCCUGCUGCAGUACAGCCAUGAGAAAGGGGAGAAGGGGGGCAGCCUGUCGUUCAAGUUCAACCUGGUUGAUCCCGAGGGCAACAAGCUGAUCGACCAGUCCUUCUUCAUCAGCGUGCUCGAGGACCGCCUUCCUCCGUCUGUGGUGGUAAACAAAGGCCUGAUUCUGGAUGAAAACACGAUGAAGAAGCUGACCACACUGCAGCUGUCUGCCAGCGAUCAGGACAGUGAGCCGGGGGAGCUCAUCUAUCGCAUCACCAAACAGACGAGCCUGGGUCACCUGGAGCACGCCAACAGCCCAGGCACCAGAAUCAGCACAUUUACCCAGGCCGAUCUUGCAUCGCGCAGCAUCCAGUACGUCCACACCAGUGAAGAAGAGAAGCAUGCUGACCAGUUCUCAUUCACUGUGUCGGACGGGACAAAUGAGGUUGCCCAGACGUUCUACAUCACCAUCAAGCCAGUGGACGACUCCCUGCCUCUGCUCCAGGUUCCUGGCAUGAGAGUCCAGGAAGGAGUGAGGAAGACCAUUACUGAAUUUGAGCUAAAAGUCACUGACGCAGACACUGAGGCGGAGUCCAUCGUCUUCACCGUUGUCCAGGCUCCUCGUCACGGCACCGUUGAGCGCACGAGCAACGGCCAACACUACCGUCAGACCAGCAGCUUCACCAUGGACGACGUCUACCAGAACCGCAUCAGCUACAACCACGACAGCUCCAACUCGCUCAAGGACCGCUUCACCUUCAGCGUGGCAGAUGGCACCAACCUGCUCUUCAUGGUGGAGGAGGGUGGAAAGGAGGGGUAUCCGGGGGCGGGUGACACCUCCAGCACGGUGUCGGCCCUCUGCUACACCGUGGCCAAGUCGGCGCAGGGCAGCAGCCUCCACGCUCUGGAGUCUGGCUCCGACUACAAGAGCCGCGGCAUGACCAACGACAACCGCGUCAUCUUCGGCCCCGGAGUCAGCAUGUCCACCUGCGACGUGAAGCUCAUUGACGACAGCGAGUACGAGCUGUCGGAGGAGUUCCAGCUGGUGCUGUCGGACGCCUCGGAUAACGCCCGAGUGGGGGAGGUGAUGACGGCCAAGGUUGUCAUCGACGGACCCAACGACGCCUCCACCGUUUCUCUCGGGAACGCCACCUUUACUUUCACCGAAGAUGCUGGCACAAUUGAAAUACCAGUGCUGCGCCUUGGCAGUGACCUGUCCUCCCUGACCUCUGUGUGGUGUGCCACUCGACCUUCAGACCCCCCCUCAGCGAGCCCGGGAGUCGACUACAUCCCAAGCUCCAAGAAGGUGGAGUUCAAACCUGGUAGUACUGAGGAGACAUGCAGUUUGACCAUUAUGGACGACAUCCAGAACCCGUCCAUUGAAGGAUCCGAGUCGUUUGUGGUGUUCCUCAGUUCUCCUCAGGGUGCUGUCCUCCAAGAGCCCUAUGAAGCCAACGUCGUCAUCAUCGACACCUUCCAGGACAUUCCCAGCAUGCAGUUCGGGAAGACUGCUUACACUGUCAAGGAGAAAGACAGCAUCCUGCACAUCCCCAUUAUCCGCACCGGUGACCUGUCCUUCAAGUCAUCAGUGCGUUGCUUCACCCGGACCAUGUCAGCCAUGGUGAUGGACGACUUCGAGGAGAGGAGGAACGCUGACGAGUCACGCAUCACUUUCCUCAAAGGAGAGAAGGUAAAAAACUGCACCGUGCACAUCAACGACGACUCUGUUUUUGAGCCUGAAGAGGAGUUCCAGGUGCACCUUGGGACACCACUGGGAGACCACUGGAGCGGUGCCAUGGUGGGCGCCAGUGACAUCGUCACAGUCACCAUCACCAAUGAUGAAGAUGCUCCUACCAUUGAGUUUGAGCAGGCGUCCUAUCAGGUCAAAGAGCCUCCUGGUCCCGAUGGCAUCGAGGUUCUCAACAUUAAGGUGGUCCGUGGGGGGGAUCUGGACCGGACCUCCAAGAUCCGCUGCAGCACCCGGGACGGCUCGGCCCAGUCUGGCGUUGACUACAAUCCCAAGAGCAGAGUGCUUAAAUUCACCCCUGGAAUGGAUCACAUCCUGUUUAAAGUGGAGAUUCUGUCCAAUGAAGAUAGGGAGUGGCACGAGUCCUUUUCAUUGGUGCUCGGCCCUGACGACCCUGUGGAGGCGGUGCUCGGGGAGAUCACUAUGGCAACAGUGACCAUUUUGGAUCAGGAGGCUUCAGGCAGCCUUAUCCUACCGUCUACGCCUAUUGUUGUCUCCCUCGCUGACUAUGAUCACGUCCAGGAGGUAACAAAAGAGGGCAGCAAGAAGACGCCCUCUCCAGGGUACCCUCUGGUGUGCGUCACCCCCUGUGACCCUCACUACCCCAAGUACUCUGUGAUGAAGGAGCGCUGCGAGGAGGCCGGCAUCAACCAAACCCAGGUUCACUUCUCCUGGGAGGUGGCAGCGCCCACAGACACCAACGGGGCCCGCUCCCCCUUCGAGACAGUCACGGACACCACCCCGUAUACCAGCGUCAACCAUAUGGUCCUGGACAGUAUUUAUUUCAGCCGUCGCUUCCACGUGCGCUGCGUUGCUCAGGCCAGGGAUAAGGCGGGUCACCUUGGAACACCGCUGAGGAGCAAUAUCGCCAAAAUCGGCACAGACGGCGCCAUCUGCCACACGCCGGUAACCACGGGAACCGCCAGGGGCUUCCAGGCUCAGUCCUUCAUCGCUACGCUCAAAUACCUCGAUGUAAAGCACAAGGAGCAUCCCAACCGUAUCCACAUCUCAGUGCAGAUCCCCCAUCAGGACGGCAUGCUGCCCCUGGUGUCGACCAUGCCGCUGCACAACCUGCACUUCCUGCUGUCAGAGUCCAUCUACCGGCAGCAGCAUGUCUGCUCCAACCUCGUUACCCUCAAAGAGCUGCAGGGGGUCUCGGAGGCCGGUUUCCUAGACGACGUAUCUUUUGACAGCAUCUCUCUGGGGCCGGGUUACGACCGCCCCUACCAGUUCAACCCCAACGUCCGGGAGGCCAAGAGCAUCCAGCUCUACAAGCACCUCAACCUCAAGAACUGCAUCUGGACCUUUGACGCCUACUACGACAUGACGGAGCUCAUCGAUGUCUGCAGUGGCUCUGUGACUGCCGAUUUCCAGGUUCGGGACUCGGCUCAGUCCUUCCUGACGGUGCAGGUUCCUCUCUACGUGUCCUACAUCUACGUGACAGCGCCGAGAGGCUGGGCGUCUCUGGAGCAUCACACCGAGAUGGAGUUCUCCUUCUUCUACGACACGGUGCUCUGGAGGACAGGUAUCCAGACUGACAGCGUCCUCUCAGCCAGACUGCAGAUCAUCAGGAUCUACAUCAGAGAAGACGGACGACUGGUGAUCGAGUUCAAAACCCACGCCAAAUUCAGAGGUCAGUUUGUCCCUGAGCACCACACUCUGCCGGGCCACAAGUCCCACCUGAUGGCCCCCGACCACCUCGGAGGCAUCGAGUUCGACAUUCAGCUGCUGUGGAGCGCUCAGACAUUUGACUCACCGUACCAGCUGUGGAGGGCCACCAGCUCCUACAGCAGGAAGGACUACUCCGGAGAGUACACAGUGUUCCUAGUCCCCUGCACCGUGCAGCCCACUCAGCCCUGGAUCGACCCCGGGGACAAACCUCUGUCCUGCACAGCUCACGCUCCAGAGAAGUUUCUGGUGCCGAUCGCCUUCCAGCAGACCAACCGGCCCGUUCCUGUGGUUUACUCCCUCAACACGGAGUUCCAGCUGUGUAACAACGAGAAGCUGUUCAUGAUGGACCCGGCCACUGCUGAUGUCUCCAUGGCUGAGAUGGACUAUAAGGGAGCCUUCUCCAUGGGACAAACUCUGUACGGCAGGGUGUUGUGGAAUCCAGAGCAGAACCUGAACGCAGCAUACAAACUGCAGCUGGAGAAGGUGUACCUCUGCACCGGCAGGGAUGGAUACGUUCCCUUCUUCGACCCCACAGGGACGCUGUACAACGAGGGGCCGCAGUACGGCUGCAUCCAGCCCAACAAGCACCUCAAACAUCGCUUCCUGCUGCUGGAUCGCAAACAGCCGGACGUUAGUGACAAUUUCUUCCACGACGUUCCCUUCGAGGCUUCUUUCGCCUCAGACAUCCCGGACCUGCAGAGCAUGUCGGCCAUGCCGGGCGUCGACGGUUUUACAAUGAAGGUUGAUGCUCUCUACAAGGUGGAGGCGGGGCAUCAGUGGUACCUGCAGGUGAUUUAUGUAAUCAGCCCAGAGUCUCGGUCCGGCCCCAGGAUUCAGCGCUCGGUGACCUACGAGCUGAGCCGCCCUAAACGUGACCUGGUGGACCGCAGCGGGCACCUGACGCUCGACGAGUCUCUGAUCUACGACAACGAGGGCGACCAGGUGAAGAACGGCACCAACAUGAAGUCGCUCCGCCUGGAGGCCGGGCCCUCCGCCUCCUUCAAUGCCCACGUGGGCAGCUCUGUGGGCGGGGGCGUGGCGGCCGUCACCCUGCUGGUCCUGGUCCUGCUGGCCGUUUGCUUCCUGUUCCGCCACUGCCGCCGCUCUGCAGCGAGGAAGAGCAAGAAGGCUCAGAAAGUACUGGAGGAGUAUCCGCUCAACACCAAGGUGGAGGUGUGCAUGGACAAGUGUAUGGAGAAGAACUUCAGCUCCAAACACUGCACGGUCAGAAACAUCAACAUCAACCGCAACCAGGACGCCAACGGCCAGACCAAGGUCAAACAGGUCAACCUGGAGGUCAAACUCCACAACAAUCUUAACGACGGCACUGAGGUCUAAAACACAGAGGAGAGAGAAGAAAGAAAAAGGAUGAAGUGAAAAACAAAGGUAUUUUCCAAAAGAAAGUUUGUACUUAAGGAAUGAGAUUUUUGUUAAUGUAUUUUUAUACCACUUUGAAAAAGGGAAGAGUGACAGCUACGCAGCAUUUGAAUCAUUUCACAACUGGGCUACCUCAGGAAUCCACAAACCACUCAGCUGCGAGUAACAGCCAAAAAUUCUGCAUCCCAUCAUUCAAGCUCCAUAUUAAACCGCCACUAUUAUCAUCACUGUUUGACUUGACAUUUACAUCCUUCUUAGCACCAAUAUGGUGGCUGGUAGCUCAGACACCGGUGAUUGUUUUAAUGGGAAAACUCUGCUGUAUUGAGUCAUUUCACUGCUACUUAAUGUCACUACUGUCAAGUCCUCUUCAUCUAUGCUACAGUUAUCAUGCAGAUGACUUCAUUUUAAGAACCUUUUCCUGUGGACUUCUACAUCGGCUACAGCUGCUUCUGACUUCUGAAAGUAUUUAGUGAUCGCCCGAGGCAGAAUGAGUGCAGAGUGUAAAUAAUAACAAAAAUGAAUGAGACAUACUCAAGUGCAAUUACGCAAUACAUCUUGUUAAUCCUACCCUCACGAGCAGGAACUAUGUUUGCAUUAAACAUGUAUUUCAAGCCUUACUUAGAGACAUUUGUGCGGUCACCUUGAACAAAACUGAUAUAUUUUUUGUACGUACUGUACUCUUAUAGCUGCCAAUAAUAAGUGCCAUGCAGUAUUUUUCCUCACAAAUUUCAAAAACGAAUCAUCCAAAGUGUUUUUCUUUUUUUUUUCACGAGUGAGAACAUUUCCAUGUGAUUUUAAUAAAUCAGACGCUGUUUGCAUAACAAAGGUUUCACUCCCGUCCACAUGACUGAAUGCUUCAGCCUUACUACCAUUCUUAUGAAAAUAAUCACUUUUUAAAUGAUGUAUUUUAUAAGAGAUGUGUGUCUACCUGCCUUUGUUCCGCCCAAAGACACUAAAUCCCUCCCUUGUUUUUUAAACUUUUUUUCUUCUCAUUUAUGUAUUAUUAUGUUACCAUCUAUGAUGUAUUAUGUAACACUAUGCUACUGAUGUACCCAUGAUGUUUAAGUUACUUUAAAGUGUAUGACACUGGUUGGAGAGCACUGCAAAGGAAAGAGUUGUCUUGUCUUGUGAGACAUGUCUUUCUAUCCAUUCAUCUCCUGGUCCCACCUCCUGUCUUCUUUCAAAUGUGUGCCUAUCAAAAUAACAUGGAAACAGGAAAUUGUGGCAAAUAACAAUAUAUUUUUGGUGCUAUCAUUUUGUGGAAAAUAACUACGAUGCUAUCAACAUGAUGCCUGUAUUUGGUGCCUUUUUUAGUAAUAAAAAAAAUUAA